AUGAAGGAUGCUGCCAAUGAAUUGCGGAAACUUGGUAUCUGUGCCUGCCAAACCAGAUGUACCAACCGUUCACAAAGGGAACUUGAUUCAUGUCCGAAAUGUCAACUACCCAAACAUGCAACAUGUGGCAUCAAAGUUCCUAAAGAUAAUGGGGAGAUUGUCUACUGGUGUUUCGAAUGCAAGGAGGGUCCAAGCUUGACACACCAUUCUAGAGUGAGAAAGAAGAGAAUUAGAGGGCAAGAAGAAGCUGACCAGGAAGAGGGGAUAAAGGUCAAUAAGGCAAAGAAGAAACCUAAUCGUUUACACUAUAAACUCCCUGUAAAGCAAACUGAAGCUACCAGACAAGAUGAUUCCUCAGAAGAACAAUUGGAAGAAUCUUCCAAUGUCAAGAAGAUGCCUAACCAAUCAGCGCCAACUUCUCAAAUUAAGAAGAAGUCAAAUGUCCCGCUGUAUGAACCUAGGUUGAUGUCAACUGAAGCAAGUGAGCCUGAUGAUGAAGAAGAUUCCUCAGAAGAAGAAAUUAAAAAAAGGUCCAGGGCCAGUUCUUAUCCUCCAAGACGUGUGCUUGCCACAUCAUCUAGUGACACUAGUGAAGACAAUAGCCAAUCUAUUGACAAAAUUGAUGUCCAACGUAGUUAUAGAAAUAACAAAAGUGAAGAGGAAGGUCCACAGAGUGACACAAGUGACCAAAUUGAAGAGGAAGACCAACCCAAUU